UACCAGAGGUGGACUGAGAUUUAGAGAAGGAGAUGUCAUCGACGGCAGCGAACGAUCCACGUCAGCCGGCGGCGGCGAAGCGCUACGUGCCGGUGGCUCUAGCCCCGGAGGAUCUACCGGUGGACUUCUCCGGCUUGAUCGCCGUCGUCUUCGGCAUCGCCGGCGUCAUGUUCCGCUACAAGCUGUGCUCUUGGCUGGCGAUCAUCUUCUGCGCUCAGUCACUGGUCAACAUGAAGAGCAUUGAAAACGACCUCAAGCAGAUCUCCAUGGCCUUGAUGUUUGCUAUUAUGGGAUUGGUGACCAACUACUUCGGACCCGCUCGGCCAGGUGCACCGAAGAGCUCGAGUUGAUUUGAUCUGAAGAGAUAAGAUGUAACAGUAUGCAGUUUCAUUCAGGUGUUUAAUUUUAUUACAGUUUUGAUGUUCUUGUGUCAGAUUGUGGUUUAAGUUUGGUAAUGUACUAUUUUUAUCAAUUCUAUUUUGAGAAACAAAUAUCUGCGUGGUUCUGCAAG